AACGCUUUGAGAUCACUCCUAUCUCCCAAUCUCUCUCACAUCACACAUCACACAUCUAACAAUGGUAGUUGUUCGUUUGAAACAAAUACCAAAAUCUGAGAAUGACAAUUUUCUACUAAAUCAACAUCUUUCUGAAAACCCCAUUUCACCAAAUACUUUUGGUAACAAAUCAAAUAAUAUAAUAAGAAAAAGAAAAAGUUAGGGAUGCUAGUUUUGUUUAUAUUUCCAAUUGUGAGCAGUAGUGGCAUUUCUCAUCUCAACAGAGAUGAAGCACGGCGGACAGAAGAACAAUAAUCUGUCAAUAGUUGUCGUGGUUUUCUCCAUAUUCUUGUUUAGUUGUUUCAUAUACAAUGAAGAUUUCAAGUCUAUUGCUGAAUUCCCAUUCUCAAGACCCAAAAUUCAAUUAGAAAGUGAUGAAAACAGUGUAAUUUCAUCAUCAUCAAUGGUAAUGAACUCAAGGACGGUAGUCGAGACAGAUAUAGGACAGAGCAUUGAAAUGCCUGACGAAGAUGUAGAUCAUGAUGAGAGCAUUGAAUUGCCACCUGAUGAUUGCGAUCUGUUUAUAGGGAAUUGGGUUUAUGAUAAUGUAAGUCACCCAAUUUACAAAGAAGAUCAAUGUGAGUUCCUCACUUCUCAAGUUACUUGCUUGAGGAAUGGAAGACAGGACUCUAUGUAUCAGAACUGGAGAUGGCAACCCAGAGACUGUUCUUUACCCAAGUUUAAACCAAGAUUGCUUCUUGAGAAAUUGAGGAACAAGAGACUCAUGUUUGUAGGAGACUCUUUAAACAGGAAUCAAUGGGAAUCCAUGGUUUGUUUGGUUCAAUCUGUUGUUCCUUCUGCAAGAAAAAGCUUAAGCAAAACUGGUUCUUUAUCAAUUUUCACAAUUCAGGAUUACAAUGCGACGGUGGAAUUUUACUGGGCUCCAUUUCUAGUGGAGUCAAACUCAGAUGAUCCAAAUAUGCAUAGCAUCUUGAACAGAAUCAUCAUGCCUGAAUCUAUCGACAAGCAUGGCAACAACUGGAAGAAUGUUGACUAUCUCAUCUUCAACACAUACAUUUGGUGGAUGAACACUUUUUCUAUGAAAAUUUUACGAGGAUCGUUCGAUGAAGGAGCAACAGAAUACGAUGAGAUAGACAGACCAACAGCUUAUAAAAGAGUGUUGGCAACUUGGUCCCAAUGGGUCGAUAAAAAUAUAGAUCCCAAUCGCACCCAAGUCUUCUUCAUGAGCAUGUCUCCUCUUCAUAUCAAGAGCUUAGAUUGGGAAAAUUCAGAUGGAAUAAAAUGUGCAAAAGAGACAUCCCCAAUACUGAACACAUCAAUGCCGCUAAAUGUUGGAACAGAUAAAAGGUUGUUUGUGAUAGCAGCAAAUGUGACUAGAUCCAUCAACGUUCCAGUAUACUUUCUCAACAUUACAACAUUAUCAGAGUAUAGAAAAGAUGCACACACAUCAGUUCACACAAUUCGUCAAGGCAAAAUGCUAAUGCCUGAGCAACAGGCUGAUCCCGCAACUUAUGCUGAUUGUAUCCAUUGGUGUCUCCCUGGAUUGCCCGAUACUUGGAACGAAUUCCUUUAUUCACGCAUUAUUUCACGUUCUUGACACUUUCUCCCUUCUUCAUUGUGCAGUUCUUACAA